CGCGCCUCGCUCCACCUGCAGCCACCCUGGCUUAUUUCGUCGGCAACCGAGACACAACUUGAAAUGCAGCUCACAGCCUCAGGUAGUUAUCGAGCGACUCAAUUGUUGAGGCACAUUAUGGUCCCAGCGUAGAGACUGUCGAACACAAUCGUAUCCGCCAUGAAGCGCUGUUUUGGAGCUCCAGAUCGCGAAUGGCUUCAUCCAAGGCAAUUCCUCGAUGAGCCCGUCUACAGCGAGGCCCCGCACGACCCUGACGACGUGAUCUACCCCGGCUCCGACGAUGAGGCAUACAGCAGCCCGACCGAGCGGCGCAGCCGCUGCGAAGCACAAGCGCAGCGCUUCCUCGAUGGAAAGCCGGUGUUCUUGCUCUCGGCCGCCCUGCGCGGACCGUUCGAUAGUAAAUCGGGCUGGAUCAACCCCUGGCGCUCCAAGUCGACAUCCAGGGUGACAAAGCCGAGGCAAAGAAAUCGCCGCUCAUCUUCAAAGAGCGCUGCCGAACAACAUGAGUCUAGCCGGGUGGUAGAAGCGGUCAACCGUGACCCACGCCUUACAGGGGGCAGUGCCGCACCACGCCGGAACGCUUGCGCCGCAGCACAGUACAUGGACAAUGAAAAGUUCCUCCUGGUACAGGCGUGGAGAGAGAAGGUGCUGGCGGAAACCGAUGUCUCUACAAGUCCAGCUGGGCGUGAGUUACAGUCAGAACCUGCGUCUGCGGACUCAAGGCGAGCCACCCAACAAACAACGAGGAGGGAAUCCGACUUGACGCUAGAUACAAGCGAGGACAGGCCCAGGGGCACUGCGCCGUAUACACCGAGCGCGGCCAACAAGGUUGAGACACGAGUUUCGUCAGCGACGUCAAAGCGGAAACGUUGUCAGAUGUCAUCGAACUCAGCGGACGACGCCCGGUCGCCUCUCUACUCGAAUCGGGCAGCGAUCGGCCAAUACUGCCCCAGCUCUAGUGCACCCGCGCCGGAAGCAAGAAUUACCACGCCGGGCGAAGCCCUCCUGGAAACCAAAGCAUCGGCUCUGGCGCUUAAAACACAAGCAAGCGCCCGCACGGACGGAAGCUUCCGCUUCCGACGCAAGGACGCUCGAGAUAAGGGUUCGACUUUGGGCAAGAGCAGAUUGGCUGGCUCUCAGUCUAUGCCCAGCGACCCAGCGGAACUCGUGGGUGUGGAAAGCCAGCCGGUCGAAGGACGGCUGCCGGGUGAGACGAAGAUCCCUGAGCAUACUGGAAUGAGAAAGUCACCAGGUUGUACGACGGCCCUGCCGAAGCCUAUCCAGCAACUCAAUGAGGCUGCUCCAAACUCUGAAGUACAGGAAACAACCGAAGAAGAUGCGCCCGAACCCGGGGGCUCUCAGAGCAUCGAAGGGCUGGACGAACAGGCAUCGGACCAUGGCCAGUAUGAAAAGGCCGACGGGACGGAAACAGCGUCACAGAUUGACGGUCCUACAUUGGUUCCUUCGCAGUCCCCACGUAGCUCUGAGGAUCCAAGUAUGCCCAGCUUUGGACACUUUUCGUGCGAGAAGCAGUCGCAGGACGUCAUAUCGGAUGCCGUGGGAUUCCCUAGGAAGCUGCUUUGGCCAAGACCACAGCAAAGCGCCAGCGGCGACGGCUUGCCACUCUUCGGUAUAGAAUCGACUCCAAUCGUAUCGCCGAAACAACCAGAGCCUGUCGAUUUCUAUCCUGGUCAUCCUAUAUUGUCUGAUCUUGCGACAUGCACGAAACAAACGGGGUGCCAGCCUGUGGAGGAGCCUGAAGCCGUCCAAGCUUUACCCGAAGGCAAUGUCGAGACUCCAAUACAAGAGCACCGAUCUGCAUUUGCUGAGCCAGAUGAAGUACCUGCGAAACCUUCACCAGCAAGAGCAUCCGUAGUUGAAGAUGCGAGAGAAGCAGAAGGAGACGAUGUCCAUGAGACAGGACAGGUGCAGGUCUGGGUGAAGAUCGAACCCGGUAUCGAGGACGACAUGGAACGUGGACUACAGCCAACUACUUCUCGCCCUCCAGAGGUCCAGAGUCCCUGGGUGAAGGAUGAUGCAGCACUCUUCGCCAGGCAAGCCUCUAAUGCCCACUCACAAUGGCAAUGGCCCAACCAAAAUGUCGAGUCGGCACACAUCAGAUCCAGCUCACCCAAAGCUACUCAGAGUCCGUGGAAUAAAGAUGUGGACUUCAUGGCCGCAGCCAUCACUGGGCGAUCCCCUUCCUUGCUCAUCUCCAAUGAAAGACUCUCCGUCAUCGCCAAUCAGGCACUCGAGGAACCAGCCUCGCAAAGUCCCUGGGCCAAAGACGAUUCGCAGCUGCAGAUACCGGGCGCCCAGUUGUUUAACCCGGUGUCUUUGCCCGCUCCGAGUCACGACCUUCCGGUUGAAGAAGAUGUCAUAUCCGGCCACGGUCUCCAAAUUGUUGAAGAUAUAAUUCCCAGUCAUGGUCUUCCAAUCGCCCACGCUGGGGUUCAGUCACCGGCACCUGGCGAUGAGAACAUCGAUAUGUGCGAUCCCUCCUGUCCAUCCACGCCGGAAACGAAACGAUCAAGCAUCCCAACCCCGGAUGUCACUUUGUCGGUCAAGUCCUUCAAGGAGUUCAUGACUCCCUCGCCCCGACCAGCGGCCAAGAGACGCCGCAUCUCCACCACCACAACAUAUGGCCAUCUCCCUAGCACACAGGCCCUCGUUGAUGCCACGGUCUCCAACCCCUGGCUUAAGCCUGCAAGCACAAAAGCCCACAAACAGAAGAAGCAUAAACGAACACCAAAGCGUGUCUCGUGGGCCGCGCUGCCAGACGAAGAGGAACCCAGCACACCAUGCCCCGACAUCGACACGACAACCUCCUCUCCAUACGGAGCCGCGCCGUCAAGCGACUCCAUUCGACGCAGAAAAGACCUGCCGGCUACCCUCCGAUCCCGCGCCGCCUCUCCCCCGCCAAGCAGCCUCUCAGCCUCCAAGCUCCCCGCCGCAAACCAGAAAUUUGGCAAGCACUUCGCCGCCGUGGCAAGCCGUCGUAUUGGAACGACACCCUUGCGGCAGACGGCCAACGUACGCCGUCUACUGCCGAGUGCCUCGCAGCAGGUGUGUGAGAGCCCUGCUGUUGACGCGAUGGCGGAGGCUUUCAUACGGGCUGAGAAGGGCGCCGUCGACCUCUCUCAGGGGGAAGUGGUGGAAGACGAUUCUUCCGCUGUGGAAUUGAUGUGUGAGGGCGCGGCAGGGAUGAAUGUGGAUCAACCGGAUGAGGGAUCUGAAGAAGGAGGGGAGGAUGAGGAUGAAGACAAGGAGAAUGCGCAAGAGGAGGAGACGCAAGAGGCGGAGCAGCCGGUCGACGACGUCAGUGCGGUGUUGCAGAACCUGGAUGAUUUCUUGGGGAGUUGGAACUUGGAUGCGGACCUCGCGAAGGCAAGGGCUGAGAGUGAGCGGGAGAACAAGCGGGCGGAUCGUAAUGCGGUAGGGCUGAGUGGGUUGAUGGAUGCUGGGGUUUGGUACUGAGAGAGCUUUGAGUUGUUGAGAGUGUCGAGUGUCCGACAUCUGGGUUGUUGAUAGUAGUAGUUGGCUUGGCUGGUUGUUUAUACCCCCGGCAUGACUGAGUCCAUAUAGGUUUGGACUUGGAGUGGCAUAGCAAGGACGCGGAGUUGAGGAGUAAAGUUGAAAGUACUCACAAAUGAAGUAUUCUAUAU